AUGAAAGUCCAUUAUAUUAAUAUAUUAUUGUUUGUUAUUCCAUUGAAUAUAUUGGGACAUAAUCAAAGGAACCAUAAAAUCACCACGUCACAUACACAAACCAAUAGAUCAUUAUGCGAAUGUGAAUUGUAUGCACCUGUCAACUAUGAUAAUGAUCGAGCAAUGAAAAAAGUAAUGCAACAAUUUGAGGAUCGUACGUCACAAAGGUUUCACGAAUAUGACGACCGUAUGGUCGAAAAACGAAAGCAAUGUAAAGAACAAUGCGAUAAAGAAGUCCAAAAAAUUAUAUUAAAAGAUAAAUUAGAAAAACAAAUGGCACAACACUUAACCACAUUAGAAACAAAGAUAACCACCGAUGAUAUUCCCACAUGUGUUUGCGAAAAGUCGAUAGCGCACAAAGUGGAAAAAGGUUGUUUGAAAUGUACACAAAAUUUGGGAGGUAUUGUUACACCCUCUUCAGGAGUAUUAGCAGGAAUUGGUGAAGCUGCCAUAAGUGUGUUGAAACCUGCGGCACUUAAAGCCGCUGCAAAAUAUGCCAUGAAGGAGGGUGCUGCUCAGGGUUUGGCUUCAGGUAUUCAGGCAGGUAAAGAAGCAGUUAUUGGAGCAUUUAAAUUAUUGGAUAUAGAGAAAUUAAGUAUUGGACCCUUGGAUUCCUUUUUUACUGAAGGUUAUUAUAUUAAUAUCACAAAGCUUACUGAUGUUAUAUUUAAACAACGUUCGGCUAUGUGUGGAGUGGGGGAGAGCACUCUUGGUGAGGCUAUGUGCACAAAAAUUAAUACUAAUUUAGGUACAAUUGGACCAUACGCUCUUCCAGACCAAUAUGCUAUACCAAAAGUGUUAAAGGGAAUUGUUGGAGGAGCUCAAAAAACUGCUGAUUACGUUACAGAGACCACUACUGAAAGUGUUACUGCUGAACUCACAACUAAAAACACCAAUUUGAUAAAUUCUAUAUAUGGUAGUUGGGAUACUGCUAUAACAGCUUCGAUUAUUGCAAUUUUAGUAAUCGUUAUAAUUUUGGUGAUAAUAUAUUUGAUUUUACGUUAUCGACGAAAAAAAAAAAUGAAGAAAAAACUCCAAUAUAUAAAAUUACUAGAAGAAUAA